AGAAACCAACACACGCACGUGAACGCACACGUGGUGACGAGCCUUCCCGACACGAUCUCAACCUGUGAUGGCGCUGCAGCUGGAUCAAGUCCAGACAUGGGCUGAUACGCACCAGCAAGAGUUUGACACGCUCGUGGCGGACAAGGCGAGCGCGCACGCAAUCACAUUGUGGUGCAGGGCACACCCGCAGCACGCCGGCCAGAUCAUGGCAGUCGUCAACACGAUCCAAGGCAACCAGACGACGCCCUCGACCCCGGGCGCCAUCUCCAGCAACUCGUCGUCACCGCUGCGUGAGAGUGCGAUUGGCGGGCGCACCCCGGAUAACGUGCGACGGCGUAUCUCCAAGCUCGUGUAUGGCAACGCCCGCGGUCUGCCCAUCCUGCCGAACACCGCACAGUCGGUCACUGCCGCUGGUGCAACCACACUGGGCGACCACGCGCAGGACGGGAAGACGGGUGCAACCACGCCAGCUGACACCACUGCUGCUGCUGCUGCUUCAUCGUCAUCGACUGACAUCGUUGCUGCGACUGCAAAGUUGGCGGGAACGCUGGAGCCUGGGGAGGUGAUUCGGUGCAUCGUGCACGAUGUGCAGCACUUGCUCAACUGCCAGGAGGUGAUACUCUUCCGCACGCUGCCCGAUGGCGCUGGUCUUGGUGUUGUGGAGAGCUUUCUUGGUAAGGCACCGCAGCCACGCGUCGCAACAUCCAUCGCCAUUGCAGCCGUCACCGCAGGCGCUCACAUCGUCCUCAACGACUCCCCGGAAAAGCACGAACUGUUCAACCCCGACAUCGACUGCGCCACCACCGCCACCGCGUGUGUUCUUGCUGUUCCGCUCGUCGGUCCCCACGGACCAGAGGGUGUGAUUGAGGUGGUGAACAAGACGGGCGAUGCCGGCGCGCUGCAGACAUUCACACAGGAGGAUUUGGUGCUCCUCACGCAAUACUGCGCAGUCGCCCUCCACGCCUGGAACAACAGCCACCUGCUUGACGGGGCGCUGCGGGAGUGCCGGUCUAUCAACACGCUCCUCGGUCUCGCACGUGGCAUCUUCGCCGAGCUCGACUCGCUCGACCGGGUUGUGAAACGGAUCAUCGCAGACGCCGCAAAUCUCACGGCCUGCGAACGGUGCUCGCUGUUCAUGCUCGAUGCGGAUGAGCUGGUGGCGAGCGCUUUCGACGUCACGCCAGACUCAGACCCCUCCAGCCCAGACACCGACGAAGACAAGAGCCCGCCGAGCAUUCGAUUCCCGAAAGGAAAAGGCAUUGCUGGUCACGUUGCAACAACGGGAGAGGUCCUGAACAUUGCGGACGCGUACAGUGAUCCGCGAUUCAACCAAGACGUCGAUAAGCAGACGGGAUUUGUGACGCGAAACAUCCUGUGCAUGCCCAUCUUCGACAAGGACAAGAAAGUGAUUGGCGUUGCGCAGCUUGUGAACAAGACGUCGGGCCCCUGCUUCACUGCCGACGACGAGCGGCUGUUUGAAGCGUUUGCCGUCUUCUGCGGUCUUGGUAUUCAGGCCGUCAAGAUGCACGAGGAGACGCUGCGCAACGCAAACCGCACAAAGGUGACGCUUGAGGUGCUAUCCUACCACAGCCAGGCCAGCGAGGAAGACGCAGAGCGUUUGGCCGCUGUUCCGCUGCCGGAAGCGGCGACCGUCCGCCUUACGCGUUUUGAUUGCGACCCGGGCCUCGUGCCCCUGGACGAGACGGCCCUCUACGCAAUCCGCAUGCUCGUCGACAUCGGUGCGGUGCAAGAGUUCCGCAUUCCGCACAAGGUCCUCUGCCGCUGGAUUCUCAGCGUCCAGAAGAACUACAGAGCAGUCAAGUACCACAACUGGCAGCACGCGUUCAGUGUCACCCAGUGCAUGUUCACCAUGCUCCAGCAGCCAGCCGUCAAGCACCGCUUGAGUGUUCUCCGUCGCAUGGCACUCCUCGUCGCCUGUCUCUGUCACGAUCUCGACCACCGCGGCACGAACAACGCCUUCCAGAAGACGGCAAACCACGCGCUGUCGCAGCUGUACAGCACGAGCACCAUGGAGCACCACCACUUUGACCAGUGCCUCAUGAUCCUCAACACGGACGGCAACAACAUCGCCAGCACCCUCUCCGUCACCCAAUAUGAGCGCCUGAUUCAGUACGUGGAGGAGGCCAUCUUGGCCACGGAUCUCGCAGCGUACCUCAAGGCCCGGCAGACUUACUUCGAACUUGUGAACAGCGGCACAUUUGAAUGGACGAACCGCGAUCACCUCAAACUGUUCAUCGCCAUGCUGAUGACGGCUGCGGACAUUUCUGCCAUCACCCGUCCGUGGCACGUGCAGCACCGCGUGGCGGAGAUUGUGUAUGCCGAGUUCUACGAGCAGGGCGAUAUGGAGCGCCAGAUUGGUGUUGAGCCCGCACCGCUGCUCGACCGAAACCGCGUCAACGAACUGCCAAAGCUGCAGCUUGGGUUCAUUGACUUCAUCUGCUGGCCCGUGUACGAGCACCUUGGCAAGCACGUGGCGGACCUCCAGCCGCUGGCGUCGCAGGUGCAGAGCAACAGGAAGCGCUGGGAGGAGCUCCAGGGCCGCUAUCAGGGAUUCUGCUCAAACUCAACAAGCAACAUCUCCGUCCCGGCGGCCCAGCGGGACAGUCAGCGGAAAGACAAGAAAACGGCAAUGACACCGCUCGCAUCUGGCGAGGCCGUGACGAAGGAUGGAGAUGAAGGCAAAGGCGAAGGCAAGCUGGAUGAGGGAAUGAAGCAGAAGGGUGGAAGCAAGGAUGAGGAGAAAGGGGACGAUGAUGCGACGAAGAACGGUGAUUGUGGCGGCAGCGGCAGUCAAGAAGAGGUGGAUGAGAAGGAGAAACAAGGCGCAGAGGAGACGAAGAAGGGCGCCAGCGCCAUCGAAUCGUUCAACAACAACAACAACAACAACAACAACAACAACAACAACAACAACAACAACAACAACAAUGUGGAUGGCGGUUCAUCCUCCUCAACCAGUGCAAAACAGCAGAAACAGCAGAAACAGCAGAAGGUCGGUGCCAAAACCACGACAGUGACAGCAACCAAGCCGAGGAAGGCAAACAACGUUGUCAACAACUCCAAGGCGUGCACGCUGCUGUGACCGUUCUCGCAACCUACGACUCUGUGCACCUUGCAUGAUUGCACUUGCUCCUCGUUCGCGUGCGUGCAUUCGCUCUUUGUGUGCUCGAACAUCCAAAGCACGUUGCUGCCGGCACUUGUUGUGCAACACAACACUGUACAUUUGAUUUGACUACUGGCUGAGAGUCAAGACACAUGUGGUGCUUUCCGCCCUCGCGUUUCAUUUUUCCUUCCUCAAUUUUCCACAACCAAUAUGAUUCAUGUGUUGUGACAUGACUUCCAACAACUUCAAU